GUACAAUUUUUACUACAAAGUAUAUGUAUACUCGACAGACAUAGGCUAAACAGCUACACCUGCUGAUCAGAGAUGAGACGUAUUGUAUGUAUGUGCUGAGGUAGUGAUUGUGAUGUUGGCAAAAUUCAGCGUUUAAUAUUCGUAAUGUCGUGUGUAGAAAUAUUAACAGGAAACGAACGCAUACUUGUGGAUUAGAUGGUGCUGUUUAAUUUUAGGAGACAUUAUGUUUCAUAUUUAUAACCGGACCAAAAUCAAAUUAAACUUCGGAUGAUCAAGGCAUAUUAUAUGUCAUGAUCAUACGAACAACAUUAAAGUGAAUAAUACAACUCAGGUUCCCAUUAACUAUGGCAUUUGUACAAAUUUUCUUUUGUGCAUCUUGACAGUGGAUUACAUUUAGCGAAAGUAAAUUUAUAAGCACAUAGUGAGAUGCUGAAUGUAUACUCACUGGAAGGGGCUCAGGAAACUACGAUGUUUUUGUUAAUAUUUUGCCUUGGACUUUCAUCAGUUUUUGCUCAUACCGGUGAUGCUUCGGAACACAUGACAAACGAAGAAAAGCAAGAGCUUAAGUAUCAGGCCAGGGACAUGUUUUAUCAUGCUUACAGAGCAUACAUGGAAAAUGCAUAUCCUGCAGAUGAACUGAUGCCUUUGAGUUGUAGUGGUCGUUGGCGUGGGACAGAGCCAAGCCGUGGUGAUAUAGAUGAUACACUUGGAAAUUUUUCUUUGACACUGGUUGACUCAAUGGACACCUUAGUUGUUCUUGGUGACCUGGAAGAAUUUGAAUAUGCCGUGAAGCGUGUGUCAAAGGAUGUGUCAUUUGACAAUGAUGUGAUAGUAUCAGUUUUUGAGACAAAUAUUAGAGUACUUGGGGGGCUAUUAUCAGCACAUAUUUUAGCAGAAUAUCUGCAACAGAAAAUGGGUGUAAUGGAGUGGUAUAGAGGAGAAAUGUUGAACAUGGCAAGAGACCUAGGAUACAGACUCCUACCAGCAUUCAACACGACUACUGGUAUUCCUCAUGCAAGAAUAAAUUUGCGUUAUGGAAUGAAAAGCCCAAAAUUAGAAUCAUCAAGAGAAACAUGUACGGCGUGUGCAGGAACAAUGAUAUUAGAAAUGGCAGCAUUAUCAAGACUUACAGGGGAAUCAAUAUUUGAGGAAAAAGCACACAGAGCCAUGGAUGAACUCUGGAAAUUGAGACACAGAAGUUCAGACCUUAUGGGUACAGUUUUAAACAUUCAUUCAGGUGACUGGGUACGUCGUGACUCUGGUGUUGGAGCGGGAAUUGAUUCUUAUUAUGAAUACUGCCUGAAAGCUUAUAUUUUGCUGGGUGAUGAACGAUAUCUUGGUCGUUUCAACAAGCACUAUUCUGCUGUAAUGAAAUAUGUUAGCCAAGGUCCACUGUUGCUUGAUGUUCACAUGCACCGUCCACAUACAAACACUCGAAAUUUCAUGGAUGCACUGUUAGCAUUUUGGCCUGGAUUACAGGUUUUAAAAGGCGACAUCAAACCAGCUGUGGAAACACACGAAAUGCUGUACCAAGUGAUGAAAAGACAUAAUUUUAUUCCAGAAGCAUUCACCACUGAUUUCCAGGUCCAUUGGGGGCAGCAUCCUCUGAGGCCAGAAUUUCUGGAGUCUACCUAUUUCCUCUACAGGGCUACAGGAGAUCCAUAUUAUUUGGAAGUAGGACGUUCAGUGCUUCGUAGUUUGCAGAAGUACGCUCGCGUUCCUUGUGGAUAUGCAGCAGUGAAAGAUGUCCGAACUGGUUUACAUGAAGACAGAAUGGAUUCCUUUGUGUUAGCAGAAACAUUCAAAUACCUCUAUUUGCUAUUUGCGGAGCCUUCAGAUCUUGUAUUGGACUUGGAUGAAUUUCUCUUCACAACAGAAGCUCAUCUACUGCCAUUAUCUUUAGCUCGUAAUUCCAACUAUACAGUGAUAACAAUCAAAGAUCAGAAUGAAAUCAAAUUGGAGGAAGAUGCAGAAUUUGCUCGCUCAUGCCCAAAUAUGCUUCAUUUGUUUCCUGCAUCUCUCCGCAAACCGCUCCAGGAUAUGGUAUCAGGUGUCUGCCCACGCAGACAAUUUAAUCGGAAGCUCCGUGCACAAGAAUUUCAGGCUGGGAACCCUGAUCACAUGAAGAUAGUUAAGGACAUGGGCAUCUCCAUUCUGACACUUGCCGAUGGACGUGUUCAGCUGCUUCAUACUUUUGCCAAUGCCCAAUCCCAAGCUGAUGCAGAAGAAGGAUUAUUGUUUAUGCAAGAGAUGGUGGAAUUAAGCCGGUCUCAAAGUCAACAGCAUGAAGCACCACCACAAGCAGUGUUAUUUAAGAGGGAAAAUGAAAGAGUACUGUUGAAUGCAGGCCCAGCACAUUUUGGGCAGGAACUUCGUAAUGGAGAGAAGAUCAAGGGGCAGGUUGCAAUUGCAGAUCCAAUACGAUUGUGUCAGGAUGCAGUAAACCCUUCAGAGCUUGUUGGCCAUAUAGCAAUUAUGGAGCGUGGAGACUGCAUGUUUGUUGACAAGGCCCGCAGAGCACAGAAGGCAGGAGCAAUUGCUGGUAUUGUCUUGGACAAUACAGUUGGAUCUUCAUCUGCUACAUCACCAAUGUUUGCGAUGUCUGGAGAUGGAACUGAUGAUGUCAAGAUACCUGUUGUAUUUCUGUUUCAUGAUGACGCUGUGAAGUUUCUUUCCUCUGUUAAACAUAAUAAGCAGCUAGAAGUUACUUUGACUGAUAUGAUAACUGCCAAGAAAGGCAAGAAGACAGAUCAGCCCAGGAAAGAGGGUCAGGACAAUUUCUACAAGAAUAAAGACACUGUGGAAGCCACACUUCGAAAAUUAAAGGAGUCCGUACAUGAGUAUCUAGAAGAACAAGAGAAGCUUCAAGAGGAAGCUAUAACCAAAUCUGAAUCAUCUGACUUCCGUGCUACCGUUCAUACUAAUAAUGGUGGUGCAGAAGUGAUUAGGAUCUCUCGGAAAAAAGAAGAGGCAGAUUUGGACUUAAAAUCAGAAACCGAUCAUGCAGAAGAUGUAGCACCAAGUCCAAGCCCACCUAGUCCUUCCGAGAUGCAGUGGACACAGUUGCGCAAUGCUGUGUUGGCUCGAGUGGUUGGCGCAGAACAAGGUGUACCACCGCCAUCAGCAGCAACCAUGGACUUAUAUCGUAAACUGCUGGCUCGUGAACCUGGAUCCACACGUGCUCAGGCAGCUUGGUUGCUUGCUGAAAUAGCAAGCUUAGCUGCAGCUGGUGAGAUUAAUAAUAUAGAACUUCCAUCUGACCCUUCAGCUGCAACAUCUCCUCUUUCUCACCAUAGUGAUAAAGAUCCUGUACGGACAGAAGAAAGUGCUCAUGAAAGUAAGAUUCCUGAUUCUACUGUAUCCAACCAAAAUGAACAGCCUACGGGAAAAUUUGUAAAACACAUUGAUGAGCUGUGAUUGUAGACAGAUCCUUAGAUGGUCUCUGAUUUAUUAAGAUAAAAAGACAUUUGUUAGAUGAACAAUAUUCAAGUGAUCAUACAAGUGAAAAUAAAUGUGACUCUUUGCAGUUCAUGCUGUGUUUCAGUGAGACAUGAGCCUGAAAGCAACACAAAGUUACAUGUAAUAAUGUAAUAUGUUACAAUUAUGUUGUCUUUCAUUUUACUUUCCUGUGUUACAGAUUAUUCAAAAUGGCAUCAUUAGUUGUCAUUAUGUUUUAUAAUUCACUUAAGUGCACCAUAUACUUUCUAUAGUGUGUGUGUCUUUUUUUAUGCAACCAUUAACUUAAAUUGGGAAAUAUAAUAUGGCCUAUAUGUGCUCAAGCUGAUUAUUGUAUAUUCUUCACCUGCACUGUACUUAUGAAGGAAAUGCAUAAAAGACCUUAAAGAUAUUUCUUUGUUGUAAUACAGACAUAUUUUUAAAUAAAAUUAUGACGCCUGUUUUACCUCGUUAUAUAUUCUAUGAAAUUAAAAACAGUUCCAAAACAUAUUUAUUGUAGAUGUUUUAUUCUAAUUUGUACAUUGUAUUUGUAUAUAAUUGUGCAUAUUCUAAAUUUCGAUGCAUUGUGUGAAACUGGAGAUAUGGAACUGUUUUACCAUAUGGUGUAACAAUACACUAAAAAAAUUUUAUCUUGCAAAUAAAGAUUGAUGAAAUAUUUUUAUGUAA